GUCAGUCAUGAAUUGUCAAAUCAAGGCAGGAACAAGCUCGAGAUCUCCGUCUUCUUUCCGUCUGAAUCUCCUCCCCUUCAAUGGACUCCUCGUAAACAGGUUCGUCUUUCUCAAAUACACAUCCGACAUCCAUCUUAGCCCUCCCGAAUCUAAGAAUUUCCACCCAUGUCCGCUUUCGCGAUGUUGAAAACCUAGUUCUUUGAUUGAUCCACACAUUUUCCCAAAAUUUCAGACUUUUUGACUCGAGUUUUGUUGAUUUCGAGCUCGUAUCGUCAUCAACUGCUCAAGGCGAGAUUCGAUGUUGAACCCUAAGAAGAAGAGAUGGUUGAUUGCACUUGGAAUCAUUGGAGCUUCGUCUUAUGGUGCGUACAGAGUUUAUAAUUCCCCGUCUAUUGUGAGAAAGAGGAAGAGAAUCGUGAAGCUCUUGGGAGCUCUGUUAUCCGUGGGAGAAAUGGUGUCUGAAUCUGCCGAGGCUUUCAGCGUCAUCUCCAGGGAUUUGAAGGAGUUUCUGCUCUCCGAAUCCGAUGAAAUCCCCAAUAGUUUGAAGCAAUUGUCGAAAAUUGUUCGAUCUGAUGAACUGUCCCAGUCUGUGUGUAGAGUUUCAGAAUGUGUAACAACUGGGGUUUUGAAAGGCUAUAAACUGCAAAAGAAAGAGAGUGGGAUUGAAGAGGUAGGAAAAAGUUCAUCUUUUUCAGAUAAGCUUAUGGAUAAGCUGAUCAGUGGUUCCGGGACUGCUUUUGUUUCUGUGGUUGUUGGUAGCUUUGCCAAGAAUUUGGUUAUGGAGGUGAUGGAGGUUUGCUCUAACAGCCAAUCCCAUUCGUCGAAUUCCCCAGGGUGGGUAGAUUUAUUGUGCGAUGAUCGGCUUAAAUUGAUAAUAGCCAACAUUACACAAACCUUUGUUAGCACGGCUGUUGCUGUUUAUCUUGACAAGACAAUGCACAUUAACUUUUACGAUGAUUUGUUCUCUGGUAUGACUAAUCCUAUGCAUCGGUCUGAAGUGAGGGACAUUAUGGUUUCCCUCUGCAAUGGAGCAGUUGAAACUCUGGUGAAGACAUCUCACCAAGCCUUGGCAAACAACAAGGUCACUGAGCAUGAAUCUUCAACUUCAGGAAAAGUGAAAGGGAGGAGCAAACCUGUAAUCGAUCUGGGAAGUAAUGGAUGGCUGAGUAGUGUGUCGUCAACAUUGGCAGUGCCAAGAAACAGGAGAUUCGUGCUUGAUGUCAGUGGAAGAGUGACAUUCGGAGCUGUACGAUCUGUGGUGGAGUUCUUGAUGUGGAAGAUGAUGGAAUGCUUGAAAGCAAGUGUUAAUGCAGUUCAAGAAGACAUUCGUGCCAAAUCAUCCGUGAUUCUCACAAUAUGGAUGGCACUGAUUUUGCAUGUUUUUGGCAGUACCCAUUACUCUCCGUUGCAUGCCCAGAAUUGAUUGGUACUGUAUGUGCGCUAAGACACGAUGAUUACGAAAAACUUUCAAUGAGCUUGCAUUUGGUAAGUUCUUGGAUAUAUAUUUUCAUUGCAGGGGAAAAAACAUGGUGGCUCAAGUUUUGUUAGCUGAUAUUGAAACAACUGAGUCAUAUAAUAUGGUUGUGAUGGCUUGUUUUUUCAUAUUGAAUAAACACGGUGGCUUUACUUCUUCUAGCUACAAGCUCAUUCACCUAUCCUAUGUAUGACUGAUUUCAUAUGUAGAUCUGUUUUUGGGUCCAACACUUAUCGGUGUUACAACUUACAACAU